ACGGGCUGGACCAGUUUGCUACGGGGCUGUGGCCAGCGCUGGAAUGCGGGUGGUUGGGGCCGCAGGCGGGUCUGGUGGGGACACGGAGCUCACCCGCCCGCAUUGCCGCCCUCGGCACCCAGGAGCCCGCACGAUGCUCCCGCUGCUCCUCCUGCUCCUGGCGCCGGCCCGAGGCCAGGACCCGCAGCUGUACACCCCGGCCCUGUCCAACCGGGCCCUGGGGGGGCUCACGACCGCCUCCACCUUCGUGCUGGACCAGCCCCGCUGCGCCUUCCCCGACUCGCUGAGCGACGCCGUCAUCUGGCUGGUGGUGGCCACCCAGCAGGGCGCAUCCAGCUUCAACAGCACCCUGGAGCCGGGGUCCCCGGGCAGGGCGUACCAGCUCUUCCCGGGCAGCACCUCUGCCUACAUGACCCUCAACACCACCCUCCUCAACUACCCCUGCCCCAAAGCCGACGGGGAGAUCGCGGUGCUGCGCGUCGGCAGCGAGACCAGCUGCCAAAGGGAUAACACCAGACCCACCUGCAACGGCCCCCUGCCCAGCCCCGGGCCGUACCGGGUGAAGUUUGUCGCCUGGGAUAACUCCGGUCCUGUGGCUGAGACAAAGUGGUCAGAGCCUAUCUACCUGAGGACAGCCACGCCAUCUAACAACAUCCCCCGGCCGGACCGCGGGCACAGCGCUGCCAUGAUCGCCCUCACCUCCAUCCUCACCAUCCUCUUCGCCGCCCUGCUGGCCGGCCUGGUGGCCAUGCUGGUGUACUGGGGCUCGGAUGCCUGCGGUGUCAGCAGCACCUUCAGCAAGCCCGAGGCAGUGACGGUGCAGCGGUACAACACACACCACGUCUAUGACCACCCCCCCGCCCGGCUCUGAGCCCCCGCCGCGGCCCCACGCUCCUCCCCGGUGCCGGUGGCACGAUGCCCGCUGCCUCCGGGGCACGGCCGGAGCUGCGCUGGAGCCGGGCAUUAAAGGCCUUUCCGCAUGCUUUGUGCCCA